UGGAGCCUCUACGAAUCUUUGCUUUGCCAGAAUUCAGCCUUCUUCCGCAAAGAACUUCAGGGGAGUUUCAAAGAGGGCAAGGAAAAGAAACUCACUCUACCUGAUGACGAGCCUGAAGUGUUCGAAUUGUUUGUGCAAUGGCUCCUCACAGGUGGCUACCUUCGCGACAACGAGAUCCGUACUCGAGAGAGCCUUGAGCGAUACCUUACGAGCGACAAUGGCAACGGAACUGAGGGUCCAACCGAGUUGAUGGUCCAGAAGAGCAGCAAAGCGUGGAUCCUAGGGGAUAAACUUCAAUGCGAGGUUGGGUUCAAGAAUUAUGCCAUGAAUCACAUCUAC